AUCCAAGUCCAUCAAAGUCAAUAAUGGAUGCUCACACAUUCGCCUAAAGUCAAAUCUGGCAAAAACGAUGUUGAACUGUUGAAGAUUAUAAGAAAUAUCUAAUCUAUUCAGAAUUAGCCACAAACAUGACAUCCCCAGAAGCAACAUUCAUAAUCCUGUUGGCUCUUAUAUCUAAUGCAACACCAUUAGCAUUCAACUACAAGCGAUUCAGUGACACCAUAAACACCUUAAACAUUGUCGGAGAUGUGUAUCAAGAUAACGGAGCCCUCCAACUCACUGAAUACAAGAAAGACAGCCUCGGCAGAGUUACCUAUUACAAACCUCUCCAUCUUUGGGACAACAAAACCGGCAAGGUCACAGAUUUCACCACCCAUUUCAGCUUCUCCAUCAACACUCCAAACAAAUCCUACGAUGGCGACGGCAUCACCUUCUAUCUAGCAGAGCCCAAUUUCCCACUUCCAGUUCCAAGAGACGGUAGCGGCAUUGGUCUCCUCAGCCGUUAUGAGCUGAGUAAUCCAAACUACACAAACGAACACCCGUUUGUGGCGGUGGAGUUUGACACCUUUGGCAACGAUUGGGAUCCUCCCUAUGAUCAUGUUGGCAUCGAUGUUAAAUCUAUUGCCACUGCUUUCACUGCAGAAUGGUUCAGUAGCAGGGAUGAGAGAGGAUAUGAUGCGGUUAUCACUUACAAUGCAGCUACCAACAAUCUAAGCGUGACAUUCACUGGGUACAAGGAUAACGUGACAAAGAUCAACCAGAAUUUAUGGAGUAAAGUGGAUAUGAGAGAUGUGUUACCAGAAUGGGUUGAAUUUGGGUUCACUUCUGCAACUGGGUUGUUCUAUGAGUAUCAUACUCUUUUCUCAUGGUCCUUUAGUUCCAGUUUGGACUAGGAAGAAGCAUUCAGAAUUUAUCACGGAAACAUGCCUAUAUACACAUAGCAAUAGCAUAUAGGGAGGGAGUUAAAUGAUUUCACAAAAUAAAAUGAAGGUAAAUGUCUUGUUCUGUUCUGAUGGUUUGCUUCUUCAUGUAUCAUAGUAGAAUUGCAGUAAGAUAAUGUUCAGAUUAACACCUUUAGCACUUAGCAGGAAAAAACAAACAUAUAUUAAAGAAUGGCUUCUUCUCAACUUUUUUAGGGCCUUGCUGAAAACUUUGCUUCCAUUGACAUCCCUUACUAAGUUGGUAUUUUGGCUUUGGACUUUCGCCAAUUUUGUUAAGGCGAGUAUUUACAAGAAAUUGGUUAGAGUAAUUUUCAUACAAAAAGCAUAGCUAAACAUUAUUGGAUAAAGUAAUACGUUUAACUACAUUAUUUAGAGUUUAA